UUUGUGCUUUCCAAGUGUUACUUUGGCUGGCAAAACAUCAUCACAACCUAAUUUUAGGGAAAAAAAACAGAAAGCAAUUCAAGAAAAAGAAAAAAAUAAAGAGAAAAAAGAAACAAAAAGAAAAAAAUAAUCAUAAAGCAAAAGAUGCUAAUUAUACAAGACCCGAAACAAUCGGGUCAGAUAGUAUCCAACUCCCUUAAAAUGUCCCAUUAUUAAAAAAGCUUCAUUCUCUCUCAUUUUCUUACUAGCUUUAAAGUCACUUCCGCAUUCUCACUUCACUCUUCGAGCUCUGCACUUAGAUCCAGGAGAUAAUUUUCUACAAAAAAUGGGGAGCUAGGAAUAGCAAUCUAGAUUGAAUAGUGUAAAUACUAGCGGUGAUGUCUGUUAGUUGGGAAAGAAUCAUUCCUUCAACUGUGGAACGCUGUUUCUGACAAUCUGAGGUCUAAGAUAGCUGUAGGAGAAGAUGGAAGAGAUACAAUCUCAGUCAGAUAAUUACAGGUCUUCAUCAUCUUCUGCCAGUAGUCCUGCAAGCAGGGUUCCUUCAAGUAACUUUUUCUACUUGCGGAAGCCUGGUUCGCUUCGACAACCAAUCUCAUUCGAGGAUUCACCAGAGUGGGAGGAUACAGAUAUUGAUGUUAGGAUGGAGGAAGGAGGUGAUUCUAUCAAUCUUGCUGUCACUCCAGCAUCCCCAUCAUUAUCAAAGCUCAAUAGUGGGUCAUUGCCAUCCCCGCCACUACCAGACAGUACAGUUGUUGCAAGAAAGAUUGCAGGAGCUUCUGUAGUGUGGAAAGACUUGACUGUUACAAUCAAGGGUAAAAGAAAGUACUCUGAUAAAGUUGUCAAGAGCUCAAGUGGUUAUGCAUUGCCAGGGACAAUGACAGUAAUCAUGGGUCCUGCCAAAUCUGGGAAAUCCACUUUGCUGAGGGCUAUUGCAGGAAGAUUGCAUCAUUCAGCCAAAAUGUAUGGUGAAGUAUUUGUGAAUGGUGCCAAAUCACGCUUGCCUUACGGCUCAUACGGUUUUGUUGAAAGGGAAACUACUCUAAUUGGGUCCCUCACUGUCCAAGAAUAUUUGUACUACUCUGCAUUGCUUCAACUCCCUGGUUUUUUCUGCAAGAAAAAGAGUGUGGUUGAGGAUGCAAUCCAUGCCAUGUCCUUGACUGAUUAUGCAAACAAAUUGAUUGGAGGCCACUGUUAUAUGAAGGGCCUCCGUAAUGGUGAGAGAAGGCGUGUUAGCAUGGCUCGGGAGCUAGUGAUGAGGCCCCAUAUCCUAUUUAUAGAUGAGCCCCUUUAUCAUCUUGACAGUGUCUCUGCUCUUCUGAUGAUGGUUACAUUGAAGAAACUUGCUAGCACUGGCUGCACUCUUAUCUUUACCAUUUACCAGAGCAGUACAGAAGUAUUUGGCCUUUUUGAUCGAAUCUGCCUGCUCUCAAAUGGAAAUACACUAUUUUUUGGAGAAACUUUGUCUUGCUUGCAGCACUUCUCAAAUGCCGGAUUUCCUUGCCCCAUCAUGCAAAGUCCUUCUGAUCACUUCUUACGUGCGAUAAACACAGACUUUGACAGAAUAAUUGCAAUGUGCAAAAACUGGCAGGAUGAUGGAGAUUUCUCAUCAGUGAAUAUGGACACUGCUGUCGCCAUACGUACUCUAGAAGCAACAUAUAAAUCAUCUGCGGAUGCUGCUGCAGUUGAAACAAUGACAUUAAGACUCACCGAAAAGGAGGGUCCAUAUCUUAAAAGUAAGGGAAAAGCUAGCAGUGCUACAAGAAUUGCAGUUUUGACUUGGAGAUCAUUGUUAAUUAUGUCAAGGGAAUGGAAAUACUAUUGGCUUCGACUUAUUCUUUGCAUGCUUUUGACACUCUGUAUUGGCACCGUAUUUUCUGGCCUAGGGCAUUCUUUGUCUUCAGUAGUGACGAGGGUUGCGGCAAUAUUCGUAUUUGUAUCAUUUACUUCACUUAUAGGAAUUGCAGGAGUACCUUCACUUCAGAAGGAAAUUAAGAUAUAUGCCAGUGAAGAGUCAAAUAGGCAUUCUGGGGCAUUGGUCUUUUUACUUGGGCAGCUUCUCUCCAGCAUCCCUUUCCUUUUUCUCAUCUCCAUUUCAUCAAGUCUUGUCUUCUAUUUCCUGAUAGGGUUACGAGACGAAUUCAGCUUGUUAAUGUACUUUGUUUUGAAUUUCUUCAUAUCUCUCUUAGUAAAUGAAGGACUGAUGCUACUUAUAACGUCCCUUUGGCAACAUGUUUUCUGGAGUAUUUUGACGAUGGUAUCAAUACAUGUGGUUAUGAUGCUUUCGGCAGGAUAUUUUAGAAUUCGAAAUGCUUUGCCAGGACCAGUAUGGACUUAUCCAGUAUCUUAUAUUGCUUUUCACACUUAUUCUAUUCAGGGACUUUUAGAGAAUGAGUAUCUAGGAACUUCAUUUGCAGUUGGAGAAGUAAGGACCAUUUCAGGGUUCCAGGCUCUUCGAAGUGCAUAUGACAUCUCUUCAGACAGUAAUUCCAAAUGGGAGAAUAUAUUGAUAUUGUUUCUCAUGGCAAUUGGGUAUCGUAUAUUAGUGUUCAUUGUACUGCAUUUUCGUGUCGGAAAAAGUGAAUCUGUACUUAAGUUUUGCCGGUGUAAUCAGGAUACAAACAAUCCGAGAUAAAUGGAAGUUGCACUACUAGCUAGUCUUAGAUUCUGUUGAAGUUUGUAUGAUGCUCUUUUUAUUUUAGCCUGCUUAGCAACUCUUGAUGAAAUAUAGAAAAUCAAUUCCUCAA